GGAGCUGGGCGCUGAUUGGUCAAACCAGUCACAAGAUGAUGAGAAGUUAAAAAAAAAAAAAAACAUUGAAAGCGUUCCUUCCAUUCAGAGCAGCAGCAGCUUCAGGGAACUCCUAACUCUACAAAAUGAGUGAAUCACUUGUAGUCUGUGAUGUGGAUGAAGAUCUGAUUAAAAAGCUGAAGGAGUUUCGCUUCCGGAAGGAGACCAAUAAUGCAGCCAUCGUUAUGAAAAUCGACAAAGACAAGCAACUUGUUAUACUUGAAGAAGAGCAUGAGGAUAUUUCUCCUGAUGAACUGAAGAAUGAACUGCCUGAGAGACAGCCCAGAUUUAUCGUCUACAGCUACAAGUACCAUCAUGAUGACGGACGCAUUUCCUACCCCCUUUGCUUCAUCUUCUCCAGUCCACUGGGUUGCAGACCGGAGCAACAGAUGAUGUACGCGGGAAGCAAAAACAAACUGGUGCGGACUGUUGAACUGACUAAGGUGUUUGAGAUCAGAAACACUGAGGACCUAACAGAGGAAUGGCUCAGAGAGAAACUUGGGUUCUUCCGCUAAGGUCACCUCAUCGGGAGGUCUGAGCUGUGAGGAGGAUCCUGAUUGCACAACUUGUGUCAUCUCUUAUGGAGAACACACUACAGUUUAAUGUUUCCCUCCUCUUUGGACCAGACCUGACUUAAAUAGUGUUUAAAUACUUCCUGUACUCAGUUUUAGGCCUGUUUGAUGUCUGUAUGAACUUACAGAGCAGCACACUACAUUUCAAGGUGAACCAGCAGGUUCAGAAAAUCACACGAUUGUAUUUCAGAGUUCUCUUACAGUACUUUUCUGUGGUUGUCAACAUUCUGAACACUAACUAACCUUCCCCAUCUGGCCUAAAACUGAAAAUACUAUUUGACACAGGUCUGCUUUUGUCUCUCAUACAACCUCUCCAUGUGCCAGUUAUAUGUCUGUACUGAAUUAACACUCCCAUACCUCUUUAAAGCGGACAGAAAUCCAUCGUACUCAUCCGCCCUUCUUAAAUGUGUCCAUGCAGACAAAUGUAUGUUUGUUUUCCUUAAGUAGUUUACACUCAGUAAACCUCCUGAAUUACACCUUUUUAAUUAUUUGAGGGAGUCUUACACUUAGAUUUUGAUUUAUGCUUAGUUAUUUCUGGUUUUAUAUAGGGUUAUGUACACUUUGGCAUUACAAUAGUAAUUUCCUUCAGUUCUGGAAAACAAAUGUCCUGCCAGAACAUCUAACCAGAACAAUGCAGAGUUCUGUGUCAGUCAGUUUCUCCAUCAGUGUUCAUUCUAGGGCAUUUAGAUGAUAAAUAGGAAAAUCACUCCAGUCUAAACAGGAUGACAUAACACUACAAACCGCUUUUACAAGUGGCACUCCGAAGCUUACAUAUGUUUGUACCUUCUCCUCUUCAAAUGAACAAGCUGGCGGCAGCAGCCUUCGAGUGGUGCUUCUCAUGCUGUAGACUCACUCCUCCAUCAGUAGAUUAUAUCUUUUGGUCUCUGUUUAGAGAAGAAACACAGUGAUUCAUAGUUGCAACGUGCUGUUCUAUAGUGAUAAAACACUCCUGCAUAUUUCCACUGCAACAUUCCAAACUGAACAGUUUAUUAUCAAACCUCCAUUUCUAGUGACAGUGACAGUCUUGAAAACACUGCACACAGGGUGGCAUUAAAUGUCCUCUUUUUAAUCUACUGGGUGAAUUCUGUGUAAGUGGGUUACUGUAUCUUUAGGGAGAUUGUUGGCUAUUAUUGUGCAUUAUAGCUAUUACUGUUAUUAGUGUUUAUGAAUGUUGUGCUUCAUUUUGGUGUAAUCUACUUUGAUUACUUCAUGGUGACCGCAGCUUUGAGGUGCACAGUUUUAAGGAUGAUGAUGGCUGUGACCUCUCCGAACGCCAGUUGUGCUUAAUAUUUAGACAUGGUUGACAAAAAACAGCAUCAGGCAUUUAACAUUUUCCAGAGGAGAGUCAGACUAAUAUAUUUUGAGGAAUGAUACUAACUUUUGUGUUUGGAACUUGCUAACAGUUUAUAAUUUGUGCCAAUGUCAAGCCACAUUUUAACGUUGACAAUAUUUAAUUGAAAGUUGAAACGACAACAAAAUGUGUCACUGUUAAAACAUUUUAUGAAUAUGGCUGUUCAAGCUGAAAAAUAACAUUUUUUACAUCUUUCAUUCUUAAAGGUGAGACAUCCCUUAAAAUUAACAUUUGCAGUGCACUUCAGUCCCAGAUAGUAAAAGAUCUGUAAAAUGAAGCUAAAUACUGUAUUUUGCUGGUGCUAGAGAAAUUUGUGAUAUUCAGCUGUUGGUUGAAAACAGUGGGGUUUGAUUGUUAAAGUCUAGUAUCACCUCCAUAUAUUGGUCUGACUCUGAGAAAGAGUAUUAGGCACAAAAAUAAUUCCUCAUAUUCCCUCAUCUGUGUCCUCUCUUAGUGUAAAACUGGGAUGUUGUGGCUGAUUUAAUGCCACGUAAUGUAUGAUGUCAAACUGCUAAGUCUACCAUACCAAUGCCUUGUCUUAAAUUUUUGUCAUAUUUUUGUCACUUUGAAAAAUCAUGAGGUGAAAAUGAGAAUGUGCAGGAAAAAAUAGAAAGUGACUGAAAAAAGCCUUGUUGGGGGAUUAUACUAUUUCUUUUUUUUAGACAUUUAUUUUUUAUCUUUCUAAUCUGUGAUGUCCAGAUGACAUCUUUUUUUUGUUUGUAUAAUCAAAGUACAAUCCUGGUUACAUUGUGACUUAACAAAACUGUUUCUUUUUCUUGAGAUUUGACUCAAAGGUAUGUGCGCACAAUCACACCAUUUAAAUGUAAAUCAUUAAUGAUGUAAAUGACAAGAGAAUCAUUUAUGAUUUACAUCUCAGGACAGGGUUUAGUCUAAAAGAAACAAUGGGAUAUAACUGUAAUGAAUUACUAUCUACUGAUACCACUGAAGGUGAGAUUUAUACAGCUUAACAUUAAGACAGUAUUGUGCUGAUGUAGCUGAUACAUAGUGAGAUACAUUCUCCUUUGGGGGUGUGAAAUUUAUGUCUGAAAUAAAAGUAUAAGGCAUGUUUUGACAAAGGCAGUACAGGCAAACGCUCAAAUUAUUUUUAAGUUGAAAUAUGUGCAAUUUACUGGUUCUGAUGGGAAUAGAAAUACAUGUUGAACUGUAAUGUGAUGAGAAAAUCCGUAACAACUCUAAAAUGUGGAGAACUACUGUAAAAGAAGUGCAUGCGGUAAUGUAUGUAUGACGGAAUAGUUUCCAUAAUUUACCCAAGGAUACAAUUUAGAAUCUGCUGCUUGGUUGCAUGUAUUCCUCCUAAAACAGAAUACAUCUGCAAACAUAUUAAUUUGAUUUAACUGAAUCAAUUUAUUUGUGUUAUAAGCUCUUUAAUGGGUCUCAAAAGCACUCUUCUUGGAAAUACUUGCCUAUCACUAGUCCUUUUUGUUGGAAUACACACUACUAUAUAUUUUCACAGUAAAGGGAUGUAUAUCAGAAAUAGGCCUACAGUACAACAUUACAUUUGGUUUUGAGCCAUGUAUCAGGUUAUGUCCUAUGGAUCUAAUAGCUUUCCUUCCUAUUGUGGUGAACCUGUUGUAUAUUUGGCCUUCUCAGUCUUUCAUUUUAACUUGCAAAUGUGUUGUUCAGCUUUUGGUGUCCUCUGAUAAAAUGCCUAGUAUUCUGUUUUCUUUACUUUUUAAUAAAAACACACCUGAACUAUGUAUCAUAACCAGCUGCCUCAUGGCAUAAGUGAAACUUGAGAUAUUUGUACUUUCCAUACUUUAUACAGUGUCUCUUGUCCCUGUUGUCCAAAUAAAAUAACAGUGAUGUUUAUCCUUC